AUGUGGAAGCGUUUGGCACCUCCGCGCACCAAAGAGUUCUUUGCGAGAUUGGACUGGAUGCAUGGCGCUAUGGAGCUCUGGAAGUACUUGGAGCCUCUGAGCCCAGCCAUCCUCACGGGCUCCCCGGCCGGCGAUUGGGCUGGGCCACAGAAGGUGCGGUGGUGCGAGAGGAACCUGCGGCUGUCAGCUGACCGGGUCCUGGUCGUGGAUGCCAGCGACAAGGCGCUCUUCAGCCAUCCCGGGGCGAUCCUCGUGGAUGACCGCAUUGAGUAUCGCGCCGACUGGGAGGCGCGGGGCGGGAUCUUCGUGCACUUCAAGGGGGCCAGAGAGUCCAUCGAUAUGGUGCGGCAGGCGCUGCAGAGGCUCUGCUACUGCGGCGCGCUGCCACCCGGCGGUGUGUUGGAUCUCGCGUGA